UCAAUGUGACUCGAGUGUGAGCAGACAACGGUUACCUAGGCGAUCAAGAGGUGAUUGUGCCCUUGACUUGAUCCGGCGCAUGGCAACCCAGAAGUGACGCAGAGCAUGAGCAGCCGGAACCAGGACUUCAGGACAACAUUUGUUGUCCGGAACGUAGCCAGGAGUGUCAGUGCUGAGGAACUUUCUACGUUUUUUGGACUAAGCCCGAAUGCUACCGUAGUUGAACAAGGCAUCGUGCAUUCGGAGCAGGCAACAUCCACCUUUCGUGUCAGUGUCAACUCCAUGGGCGAGGCUAUAGCCCUUUUCAAGAAACAUAACUUUACGUAUUUCAAAGGACAGUGGAUCAGCCUUGAGCUCUGGCCAUUCAAGAUUCACAACCAUAUCCCGGAUGUCGAAAUCGAACUUCCUGAAAACACUUCGCUUGCGAAAAUUUACGGUGUCUGCAGAGGAAGCUACGGAAAUGUCCUUUCAGUGAUGAAGCGCAUUUGCACUGCACCAGGCUACGCUCGUUUUUCAGUCUACUUUCUCAAGAAAGAGAAUGCAAGACUUGCAGUCAGCUCCAUACAAUCUGGUAGAGUCGGUAUCGGCCACCAGAAGAAGAAGAAGCCAAGGGGAACGUGAUUGAUGUACCUAUGAACAUCACCGAUCCUAAACGGUCUACCACGCAGAUCAUGCAUAUUGUACCGGGAGGCCAGGGCAGCAAUCCCACCACCAGCAAUACCAUUAACAAUAAUAACACCAGCAGCUCCAGUAGGGGCAACAAUAACAGCAGCAGUAAAUUGUCAAAGACUGGCAGGCGUA